CUCACCUGGAGCGCUCAGGUAGGGCUUGGGCGGGGCGGGAGGCUGGCGCGCAGGCGCGGGACGGGGGCCUCGCCCCUGCCGACGUCGCAGGCUGGAGCUCACCUGGGAGACUCCGAGAGGAAGCGGAGCCUCGGUUCGGCCUCUCCUGGCAACGCCGGAGGCCCAGCGGGAAGGCAGGAGGCGGCGGCGGAGGAGGAGCUGGACUGAGCGGCAACUGUAGCGACAGCAACCGGAGCUGCCGCCACUUGCACCUGGCGCCCGGCCCACGUCCAGCGCCCGCCCGGCCGCCGCUUCCCGCCACCUUGCUCUGCGCACCCGCCAGGUAUUGCAAUUUAAGGAAACCUUCCUGCCAGCAAAUCUAUGAUAAAAAAUACAUGUAACAGAGGAAACUGUAACUGUUAUUUGUCAAGUGACAAGCUUUUAAUGUCAGAAUGGCUCACCUAAAGCGACUAGUAAAAUUACAUCUUAAAAGACAUUACCAUAAAAAGUUCUGGAAGCUUGGUGCAGUAGUUUUUUUCUUUAUAAUAUUUUUGAUUUUAAUGCAAAGAGAAGUAAGUGUUCAAUAUUCCAAAGAGGAAUCAAGGAUGGAAAGAAAUAUGAAAAACAAAAACAAGAUGUUUGAUUUAAUGCUAGAAGCUGUAAACAAUAUUAAAGAUGCAAUGCCAAAAAUGCAAAUAGGAGCACCUGUCAGGCAAAACAUUGAUGCUGGUGAGAGACCCUGUUUGCAAGGAUAUUAUACAGCAGCAGAACUGAAACCCGUUCUUGACCGCCCACCUCAGGAUUCUAAUGCACCUGGUGCUUCUGGUAAAGCAUUCAGAACAACCAAUUUAAGUGUUGAAGAGCAGAAAGAAAAAGAACGUGGAGAAGCAAAACACUGUUUCAAUGCUUUUGCAAGUGACAGGAUUUCUUUACACCGAGAUCUUGGACCAGACACUCGACCUCCUGAAUGUAUUGAACAGAAAUUUAAGCGCUGUCCUCCCCUGCCUACCACCAGUGUCAUAAUAGUUUUUCAUAAUGAAGCGUGGUCCACACUGCUUAGAACUGUCUACAGUGUGCUCUAUUCUUCACCUGCCAUACUGCUGAAGGAAAUCAUUUUGGUGGAUGAUGCUAGUGUAGAUGAGUACUUACAUGAUAAACUAGAAGAAUAUAUAAAACAAUUUUCUAUAGUAAAAAUAGUCAGACAAAGAGAGAGAAAAGGUCUGAUCACUGCAAGGUUGCUAGGAGCAACGGUAGCAACGGCUGAAACGCUCACAUUUUUAGAUGCUCACUGUGAAUGUUUCUACGGGUGGUUAGAGCCUCUGUUGGCCAGAAUAGCAGAGAACUACACUGCUGUCGUGAGUCCAGAUAUUGCAUCCAUAGAUCUGAACACGUUUGAAUUCAACAAACCUUCUCCCUAUGGAAGCAACCACAACCGUGGGAAUUUUGACUGGAGCCUUUCCUUUGGCUGGGAAUCACUCCCCGAUCAUGAGAAGCAAAGAAGGAAGGAUGAAACGUACCCAAUUAAAACACCCACUUUUGCAGGAGGCCUUUUUUCCAUAUCAAAAGAGUAUUUUGAAUAUAUUGGAACUUAUGAUGAAGAAAUGGAAAUUUGGGGAGGUGAAAAUAUAGAAAUGUCUUUCAGAGUGUGGCAAUGUGGUGGGCAGUUGGAGAUUAUGCCUUGCUCUGUUGUUGGACAUGUUUUUCGCAGCAAAAGCCCUCAUACCUUUCCAAAAGGCACUCAGGUGAUUGCUCGCAACCAAGUUCGCCUUGCAGAAGUUUGGAUGGAUGAAUACAAGGAAAUAUUUUAUAGGAGAAACACGGAUGCAGCAAAAAUUGUUAAACAAAAAUCAUUUGGUGAUCUUUCAAAAAGAUUUGAAAUAAAGCAACGCCUUCAGUGUAAAAAUUUUACAUGGUAUCUGAACAAUAUUUAUCCAGAAGUAUAUGUGCCAGACCUUAAUCCUGUUAUAUCUGGAUAUAUUAAAAGCUUUGGUCAGCCUCUGUGUCUGGAUGUUGGAGAAAACAAUCAAGGAGGCAAACCAUUAAUUCUGUAUACAUGUCAUGGACUUGGGGGAAACCAGUACUUUGAAUACUCCGUUCAACAUGAAAUUCGCCAUAACAUUCAGAAGGAAUUAUGUCUUCAUGCUGCUCAAGGUGUUGUUCAGCUGAAGCCGUGUACCUACAAAGGUCACAAGACAGUUGCCACUGGAGAACAGAUAUGGGAGAUCCAGAAGGACCAACUUCUAUACAAUCCACUCUUUAAAAUGUGCCUUUCAGCAAGUGGAGAGCAUCCAAGCUUAGUGUCAUGCAAGCCAUCAGAUCCACUCCAAAAAUGGAUUUUUAACCAAAAUGAUUAAGUGUUCCUUAAAAUUAAGGAGUUGAAAAAGGAGAUAUUCAUUCUCAUAAAACUGUGACUAGGCAUACACUGUAGUUUUUGAAAAUUAUGCAAAAGCAGCUAAUUGUAACUUAUUCCAAGUGCAUUUUUCUUAUUUAUAUCUUAAAAUGUCUAUGUAGCACUGCUACAGAAACCCCUUAAGUUUCCAUUUCAAAGCACAAUAACUAGUCAUACCAAAGACUAUUUUGAAAUGUCCAGAUGUAGGAAGAGAUGUUUACAGUAUGAUGAAAAUAAUUUUCCAAGUAAAGUGAUGUUUGUGUGUUUUGUAUGCUUGAGAAUAUGCAUAGCUACAUUCACACACUCACAAUUUAAAUAUUUCUUCUAGUUUUUUUGGGGGGAGGGGAAAAGAUUUGAUACUCUAUUUUUUUAACUACUUAGAAAUGGAUCAGUUAAGGUCAAAAAUUGGCCUUUGUGUGAAACCAGGAAAUUUUUUAUAGAUCUAGAAUUUACUGUAUAAAAAUGCAGGUAAACUUUUUUUGCAUUUUAUUUACUUAUCUGUCAAAUGUUUCCUUAAACAUGAAAUUAAAUGAAUAAGGAGGAGACUAUUUUUAACACUUGAGUUUCUUGGCAAAUUUUAAAAUAUAUUUUAGUCUAAAGUACACUUGACUUGAAGCACUUAAGUCUUCCGUAAAAGACUUUUCUUAAAUAACUAUCCUGUGUUUUCUCAAAGUAAUUAAAAACAACAAAAACAAAAACAGCUCUUAAGUUGAUAUCUGUUAAAAAGGUGUCUUUUUCCUUUCUGCUGGUCUUUUUUUUUUCUUACCAAAAUUCACUAAUCUUGAAUGUUUAUGAAAUUGAAUUUCAAAUGCAGAAUACCUGACUCAUUUAUAGCUAAAUUUUAUUUGUUACUGAUUCAGUUAUAGAUUGUCUUUGUAAUGAAUUUUUUUUCACCAAAAAAAUCCCCCUUAUUUCUAUCUAUGGAGAACACAAUAAAACAAAUUCUUAUCACUACUGUAA